CAGUACCUCGUUGUUGGCGGUACCUGAGUACUUGUAGCGACAUAACCGGUGUGAACCACUUCAAGGUCAUCCGUUAACUAAGAAUAGUAUCCAACCAAGUGCGGAUGCGAUGUGUUACCUUUUCAGUUUUAAUGCUGGACUCAUUUUGGUGAAUAUGGCAAGAAAAUUUAUAUGGGUAUUGUGAGUUUGGAUAACACAAAGUGUAAGUGGUGUGAGGUUACCUAAGGAGUAUUUGUAAUAGUAUCAUUUCCAACUGGACUAGUGCAGAUGGUUGCAGUUCCUUGGUUUCGGAAACGGAUGUCGCAGAGGCUCUUUACUUUUUCCAAUAAGAGGUCCGUCCCUGAAGUCUGUUAUUUUAUUAUCGACACCGCCAUAGAAAACCAGACCCGAAUAAAAUGUUUCUCGGAGGUCACAGUCCUUCCCAGGAACCUAUAAUUUGUUCUUUAAUUAGACCGCUAACUAAUGGAAUCCAGAUUUGGUAAACGCCGCACCAUUCGGCAAACUCAGCUGAUAAACGUUGCAAAUUCAAUAUAAUGUCAUCAAAUUCAAAUGCAAAUCUUAAUGAAAAUAGUAAGAUACAAGGAACCCUUUACACAUAUCUUCAAGAUCAACCAAUAAUAACUUUUGCGCCUUCUAGUAUCAGUGAUCCUAAAACUUUGAGAGAUAAUGAUUCGCCACCACCAACACCGCCUGUCAGAGAUUCUUCCAGCCUUAAAUCCAUUAAAUACGGACCCGGACAUGAAAAAUUUCCGUCGUGGCCCGUACCUGCAGCUGCGGAGACUCCACAGACCAUACGAAAUCAUAAUAAUGGGGGAUCUCAUAGAUCAAAAUCAUGGACAGAUUAUACGAAUUAUCCUAAGGAGAAGAUAAUUUCAUAUACCAGACCGUAUAUGAAGAGACAGUACUUAACUAACAUGCAAGAGAAGCUAAAAACUGUGAUGGAAAAACGUGAAAAAAUUCCGCCGGAAACCUUUGAAUCGUGCUAUGAUAAACUAAGUGAUAGAAUGUUCUUGCCAAAUCUCGAAAACGACGGAAAACUUGGUGACGUAAAUUGCACCAUGCCUGUAGUGCCUGAACGGGACCUCUCAUCGAAAUCUCAACUUCCCCAAUCCAUGCUAAAAGAACUUACAAGGUCAUACCAGGAACCCAAAUUUAUAGAUGACACAAUUAAUUCCAAUCAUAAACUGACAGAAUCAGGGUUAGAGGAAUUUAUGGAAUACACUCGUAACCACGACGAUUCACUUUUUAAUUCUAUGAAUUCCAAACACGAUGGAAGUAUUCUUAAUCAUAUUCACCAGAAGCAGAUCUCCUACGCCCAUUCUGAAGGAUACCAUAGUUACGUUUCAAGUACAGACUCAACUUCUACUCCUUUUUUGGAUCGCUUGAGAAGGGAUAGCGAAGCGGCAGUUGGAAGACCUAUGUCUUCCAACACUUGGGAUGAGCUAAUUCCUGAAGACCGAAACAGUAGAAGUGAAGGAAGAGACAGUGUUGUUACUACAAGCUCCGGAAGCGUUUCUUCUAGUGAAACACUCAAAUGGCACGGUUCUAUGAGUGAUGUUUCUGUCACGUCCCAUAGUAGCUCUCGUCAUAACUCGAACAGUUCAACUAGACAAUUAAUAGCUCAUAGUGCGAGAGUUCAAACACCAAAAAGACAUCAUUCAGAAAGUGUAUUAUAUAUGAGUGGGGAAAAGGAAGGUUCGUUAAAAACCAGGGCAGGCCGAAAUUGUAACGUAAAUAAACUUAAAUUUUUCCCUUUAAAUACUUACAACACAUACACGGUACAGGAAAAUGAAAAUCAGUCAACUAAUAACUCUAACACUUCUAACCACAGAUUAUCAAUAUCACUACAAUCAGCAUUAUCUGUAGCCGAUAGAAUAAGUGAAUUGGAAAAACAACAGAAAUAUUCAUAUUAUGAUCCAGAAAAGAAACAUAAAUUUCCUGAUCCUACACUUAAAGCUAUACAGAAGAAAGCUCUGUUGUCAUUUUACGAAAGGCACAAUAAUCCCAAUAAAAAUUAUUGGACAUCAGAACCACAGCUCCCCCACACAAACCUCACGUAUACCCAAUCUCAUCCAAAAUUAAAAACUCAAAUGACAUCUAGACGAGCUUCAUCGGCUUCCGAUUAUGUAGGCAGUAACUCCAAACGAAGCAGUUUGGCAUCGAAUAAAGAAAAGAUUGAUGUUGUAUCACAAACAGUUCCUAGACACCAACAUAGUAAUUCAUGUGGAAGUUUAUCGACCGAUAUAUUAGGACCUAUUAUAGUAGGUUCUGCAAUAUCCGUAGAUGACUACGUUCCUGAUCAACCACCUGCACGACCUCCGAAGCAUCCUAAUCUAAGAACCGCCUUUCCAGACUUAUUUUUAGACCAAAGGGUUCCUAGUCCAGAUUUACCACCUCCCUCCCCUCCUACCGUUUUGGAGAAUGAAGUGAUUAAUAGUGAUGAACCUUUUCCCCCACCACCACCAGAAUGUAAAAGUGAUUGGCAGGAUGCAUUUAGCGAUUCAGCAGAAACUUGUACGGGAUAUCAAAUUCCUGCUCCACAAAUACAAAAGCCUUCGAAGUUGGAAAUGAAAGUUAUUGAACAAACAGUAGGUCUGCCCGAAAGAUAUCCCAAGAUUUCAUCAGUACGAUCGUCUAUUAAAAUGAAAUCAUCAGAUCAGAUCUUUAAGCAAGUUAACAGCAAGCCAUACAUUAGUACUGCUCACUCAGAACCAACCACCAAGCCUGAUGAGAAAUUAGGCUUUCCAAAUCAAAGAGGGUAUCAAGAAAGAGCAAGUACAAGGUAUCCAAGUACUCAAAAACUGAAAAUGUGUGGAGCUGUAGCAGUUAGCCAAAAGGUUACUGGUCUCUCAGAGAAAUAUAGACCUGAACCUUUAAGAUCACAUAAGAAAAUUGAUAACAACCACCUUCCAGUAUAUAAAGAUACCCAUCUGGUACAAAGGGCAUCGAUAGCUGAAAGUCCUAGUAAAGAAGUGGCUCCACCUCUACAACCAAGACAAAUGAGGGUUAACCAAUCGAUGAGAGCACGAAUUUCGAGUGAUCAUAAAUCUGGUUCAACCAAAGUUCGAGAAGCGAGAUCGUCGUCAAUAAGCCAGUCGAAGGCAUCUUAUUUAACUACCCGCCACGAAAAGGAUCGGAUUUUACCAGAAUCAGACACAGGUAGAUAUAAAAGAACCAUGUCUCCCAAUGGACAUGAACUUCCUUCAGAACCGAUAAGUGAGCCUCAGAAAAUAAAAGAAACGUUUUGUUCAUCUCAUACGACUCGAAAAAAUACUAAUAUUUCAAGAAGAUCAUCAAUGAAUGAACCGAAGAUUGAUAAAUGUGAUGUUGAAGAUUUAAAAAAUAAUCUAGUUUUACCUGAUGUUCUCCCAGUUAAUGCCAAGUUAAGAUCUCUAUAUAAUGCCACCUCAAAGCUAAGUGAUACUGAGUCACAAAUAAUUUUACCAAAGCCAUUAUCCAAAUCUCCGCCUUCUUCAUCGCCAAAGAGCCCGUCAAGGAAUUGUAAUUUUACUAACACAUUUUCUACUAUUACACCUUCUACUGCCAUUAUAACGUCGCCCCGAACUUUUUCACAAUCCCCUACAGCUAUUUCAUCAUCCCUCUCUGCAUUUUGUACACCAUCUCCUACUGUUGUGCAGUCUUAUUCUGAGACUACAGUUCCUAUUUCAAGACUUUCUAUUAGUUCUGUUGAUUUAACGACGAGUAUUAGGAGCACUGCGGCUACUUUACCUAGAAUGAAUAUAACCCCUAGUAAAAAGUCAAAUCCAAGUCCUAUUACACCACCUAGUUAUCCCGAUAGAACAUCCCCUUCAAUAGCCAAACCAGUGAGUAGAAGUUCUUCUUUAGUCAAAAAAUGUUCUCUUUCACCUAGAUCUUCAUUAAAAUUGUCACCUGUGAAAAUAUCGACGACAUCUGCAUCCUCGACUCCAGUAAUAUCUUCCUCGUUUAGUUCAUCACCUGUGGCACUUCAAUUGCCUAAAUCUCCUCCUUUGAUUUCUUCCACUCUUAAAGAAAAUUAUCCUCAAGGUUUGCAAUUAAUACAAAGAACCGAAGUCGUUUUAAGAGUGAAUGCUACGAUAGAUGCUGCUUCUCAAACUGAAAAAGAAGAGUGGUCUUCUACACCUUUGUCUGUGAGAAAAAAAUUAAAGGAAGAGGAUGAAUGUGAAAAAUUAGCGGAAGAUCUCAUUGACCAUUUGUCCCGGUCUGACAGAUUGAAGGGACUUUUAGUUACCUUACCGGGGCAUAAAAAAUCAACAGAUUACAUUCAGGGGUUGUUUCGAGAAGAAAUUACUUCUAGACCUAGACCUUUGAGUAGGAGUAAAAGUAAUGCGUCCAACAGUACACCUCCUCCAGUCUUUACGCUUUCUGUAACUACAUCGACUACCAGUACGGUAUCUAGUGCAACAUCAAAAUUAAGUACGUCACCAUCCUCACCUACAACAUCUGUAACCUCGUCGUUUGAAUCGAGUCCACUAUCGAGUUCUUCAACGUGCUUUGUCAAUUUAGAACCUAAUUCAGCGUAUCCAGUAGGAUAUAUCCCGGAAAGAAAAAACUGCUUAACAGUUAAGAAUACUCGAUACCUAAAUCAGAAGAAGGAGGAAUUAAUAAAUCGACUAGAGAAGAAAAUUGAAGUGCUUCGUACUGAAGAGUUGAUAAUCCAGGACGAGUGUAAGAUUAAUGAUGAUUUGGGAGAGGACGUUGAAAAAUAUAUAAACAUGGUUGCAAGACCUCAUGAAGCAGCAAAAUUUAGAUUGCAUGUAGAAGAAAUAGGAAAAAUUACGAAUCUUUUACUAAGCCUUUCGAGUAGAUUAGCUAAAACAGAAAAUGUUUUAAUGGAAAUGUCAGAAAAUGACCUAGAACGGACAAUUUUGGAAGCCAAGCGUGAUAAACUCAUGGAUCAGUUGCAAGAAGCUAAAAAGUUGAAGGAGAGUAUUGAUCGAAGAGGUGUCAACGUUUCAAAUAUUCUUAACAAAUAUUUGAAUUCCGUGAAGUAUGCGGACUAUGACCAUUUCAUUAAUAUGAAAACGAAAUUAUUAGUGGACUCUAAAGAAACAUCAGAUAGAAUCAAAUUAGGAGAAGAGCAGCUGUUAGCCCUUAAAGAGGCUAAUGUAAUUACAGACUGAUAUAUAAAAAUCUGUAUUAAGUUUAAAAAUAAUGCUUAUUUGUAAAUAUUUUACUAUUCGAAUUUUAUCGAAUGCCUAGUCCGGUGAUGUUUUUUUUAAUUGUUGUAAGAACUUCGAAUAUACUCUACGAAAAUA